AUGAAGACCUCCAUCGCCAUGCUCACCGCCUCAAUGGCCACUGCCAUCCUCGCCCAUCCCUUCGACACUCGCUCCCAGCAGUGCAACAUCGCCCCCUCAGGCACCUCCUCCGCCAAAAUCCAACCCCUUUCCACUCCAACCGCCUCCACCGCCGAGGCCUGCCAGAAGCUCUGCACCGCCCAUGCCUCCUGCAAGAGCUUCCUCUUCGGCCUCCCCUCUGGCGCCAAGGCUCCCGCCUGCAAGCUCUACUCUGUCACUGCAGCCCAGGUCCCCAACCAGGGAAACAACCUGUACGUCUUUGACAAGGCCUGCUCCAGCAAGGCUGUGCCCAACACCAAGCCUACGCAGGAUAAGCCGCGCGGCGAGGUCAAGACCAAAGCUGCGAGGGAUCUUGUCUGCAACACUGCGCCUACGGGGGCUAGCAACAGCAAGAUUCAGCCUUUUGCUACGCCUAGUGCUCAGACCGCGGAGAAGUGCCAGGAUGCUUGUGAUGCUCAGGCGUCUUGCAAGAGUUUCCUGUUUGGUCUUCCUGCUGAUGCGUCGGAGCCUGUGUGCAAGCUGUACACUGUUGAUCCCUCUAAGGUUCCUCGUCGUGAUGAUGAGCUCUACGUCUUUGCCAAGGGUUGCUCUACUGCCAAUGUUCCUACCACCACUCCUACUCAUGAUGAACCCCGUGGACAGGCUAAUAACAAGAGCGGCAUCAAGACUGAGAACAAGAACGGUGGCAAGGAUCAGGCUCCUACUGGUGGCAAGGCCAACAACAACGCUGGCAACAACAAGAGGGACAUGAAGCCCGAGGACAAGCCUCCUGUCAAGGAUCAGGACCACGCUGGUGAUAAGCCACCCAAGAACAAGGCCCCCAAGGACAAGAACGCUGGCAACAACGGACAGAACCACAACUAA